AUGGGAGGAUCAGCUUGGGAACCACAGCAUGGGCGAGGUGUACUACAGGGAGCUCAUGGGCCUCGGUUCUUCGCUAGAGACGGCAGCCAGCACCAUACUCAACAUCAGCAGCAGCAACAGCAGCGGCAGCCAGCAGUGUACACGCCGAAGCACUCCCCCACUCGUGCGUACUCUCACAGGCUUCCAACCAGCAUGGAUGCUGCUGCCUGGGCGCUCUGCCAUCACCCCUCUUCACCGCUCCGCAGCGCUCCCAUAGGGGCUGUGGCUGCGGCUGUGGCUCAGGCUGCGAGUGCUGCGAGUGCUGUGAACGCUGCCAGUGCAGCAGGGAUGCCAGGAGGAGGCCACGGCUUCUGGCCCAUGAGACGUGACAUGGUGGGCCCGUGGCACAUGGGGCCUAUGGGGUCCAUGGGAUCUAUGAGGUCUAUUCCCACUAUGCCCAUGCCCAUGUCGCUUCAGCUUCCGAUGGCUGCACUGCCACCCAUGACCUCCACACCGCCUGCUGGUUGCACCAUGCAAGCAUCGCCUGUGCCUGCACCGUUCCCAGCUGUUUUCCAGGCGAAUCCAGUGGCGGCUCAUUCCUGGCCCACGAGCAGAUGGCCUGCAGGCAACGGAACGAGGGGUAACAUGGGAGUUAACGGCAGUGGGGACGCGGGUGUACCAGACCGCAUGAAUGGUGAUGCCGGUGGGGACGCAGUAGAGGAAUGCUUGCAGGCCAUGCAGGCCAUGUCCAUCGACCCAUCCGAUUCCUCUACUCACGUUUCUCAGCCAUCCAAGUGGAGCAGCUUGGCGGAGGGUGCACCAGGCAGAGCUGAUUGCCAGUCAAUGGGUGACUGCAGCAAGUUCCCAGGGAGUGGCAGCAUGCCAUCUUCCUUGCACCUGCACCGCCCCUCCUCUGACUAUAGCUCCACGUCAGCCACUCCCUCGGUGCCCCACCAGCAAACAGUACGACAUGUACCAACCAAUCAGCAACAGCCAUCAUAUUCUAUAGACGCAUACCCGCGCCUAUCGCCUCCGUUCUUCUGGCAUGAGGCUGUGUGGAUGCCUGGUUUCGCUCUCUCCCAUGGCUUCUUCCCUUCCUCCUCCACCAACACCAGAAGCAGUAGCGCAGCCAGCAGCAAGUGCGCCAGUAGCACGCCUUUCAAUGGUGUGGCACACCCAUUGGGUCCAUUCCCUGGAUCGCUUCCUGUCCCAGGCAAUGGGGUUUUCAACUGGUCUAUGUUACAGCAGCAGCACAUGUACAUGCAGCACCAGCAGCAACAGCUGCAGCAGCAGCAGAAACAGCAGCAGCUGCAGCAACAACAGCAGCAGCAGGAGCAACAGGAGCAGCAGCUUCUCGUGAAACCCGUUCCACAGCGUGCAGAGCCCAUAACCAAGGAGGGCAGCGCUGACAGAGGAUGCCAGCAAGGUGUGCCAGGCACUGAAACCCCACGGCAGGAACACGACAUGAAGACUGGGGAUGUGAGAGAGAAUGAGGAGGAGAGUGAAGGAAAAGCAAGUGAUUAUGAAGAACCGUGUGGUACAACGGCAGGGAGUGAAUGCAACAAGGCCGAGAAAACAGACGACAAUGUAAUUUCUCCAGACAGCCCGAAGGCGCAUGACUGCUCCUCUUCUGCACAUCCCUCGCAGUCCUCACGGCCCGCACAGCCUUUACCUCGGCAGUCUCCUCUUCAGAGCAGAACCCCGUCCCGCCUCAAGCCAUGUGACUCUGUGCACGUUCAUCUCUCUCUCUCCCUCCAAAUCCCCUCCCCACGCGCCUUCUCUCGCCUCUUCAGGAAGCCUCCACGUGCCCGCAGAUCCCCAGGCCUCAGAGUGCUGUCACCGGGCCUCAGUCCCACGCAAAAGCAGCUGCUUGCAGGGGAAGCUGCGCACGGCAUGGGGCUCAGAAGCCCUUCUUCCCCCCGUUGCGCCGCCACUUCUCCACGUCUGCGCUCCUGCCGCACUUCCUUCCCCCCCUGUGUCCCCCGCUGCAGCCCCACCUUUUCUUUUCUUCCGGAUUCGCUUUCCCCGCUCCACUCCCCUCUGGUCCUCUCACCCACUGUUGCCCUGCAUGUCUCGCAUCCCUCAUCCCCAGUUGGCCCCUGUUCCCCCCGCUGCUGUUUGCAAGGCACCAGCCCAGCAAGGAAGAGGGAGAGUGUGAAGUGCAACAUGGGCAAUGAUAGGGGUAGGGGUGGUGGAGAAGAGGAUAGGCUAAAAGAGGCAGGCGGGUUGGAGAAGGAAGGAAAUGCUCGCACUGGAGUGGGUGCAAAUGACGAGUAUCUUGUGAAGCGGCCCGCCAAGCCGUCGGCGGCGGAGUCGGUGCAGUGCGAAUGCCACAAGGGCGCGGGGGGCCGCGCGCGGGAGAGCAUCACGGGCCGGGGGUGGAAGCGACUGGUGGUGGCGGAAGAGGAGGAGGAGGAUGAGGAGGAGGGGGAAGAGGAGGGGAGUGAUGAUGGGAGCUCGGAUGAUGGUUCGGAGGGGGGAGAUGGAGCAGAGGAGAGCGACGAGGAGGAUGAGGAGGAGGGGGAGGAAGGAGAGGAUUCAGAAUCGGAGGAAGAGGAGGAGGAGGAGGCGGCGGAGGAUGAGGAGGAUGGGGAGUGGCAGGGAGGCAAGAGGAAGGCGAGCGCGCAUGCUGCACGUGAGUUGCAGCAAGCACUGCGGACGGAUAAGUGCGGGUGGGGCCUCAAGGCCAACGAGGACCUCCCUGCGGGAUGCUACGUGAUGGAGUAUGUGGGGCAAGUGAUAGACGACGCCACGUGCGAGCAGCGCCUGUGGGACAUGAAGGCCGCCGGGGAGACCGACUUCUACCUCUGCGAGGUGAGCAGUGACAUGAUCAUAGACGCGCGCUACAAGGGCAACCUCUCGCGCCUCAUCAACCACUCCUGCAACCCCAACUGCGAACUGCAGAAGUGGCAGAUGGAUGGGGAGGUGCGCAUAGGCGUGUGCACGCUGCGCGCAGUCAGCAAGGGGCAGUUCCUCACAUACGACUACCAGUUCAUAGGGUUCGAGCUACAGCCCAAGGAGUGCCACUGCGGGGAGCCCAACUGCCGCGGCCUCCUCGCCACGCGCACCAUCUCCCCCUUCACCCUCCCCCUCCCCUUCCCCGCCCCCGCCCUCCCCGCGCUCCCCAUUCCGCCCGCCUUGCCCGCCACCCCCCCGCAUGCAGGGGGAACCGUUCCCCCUGGGGGCGCGCAGGGGAAGGGGAAGCGCGGAGGCAGAGGGGGAAAAGGGGACGGAAUAAAAGGGGAAGGGAGGGGGAAGACUGUGGUGGAUGUGUGUGGGGGAGUCGUAACAGGGGGCAGCGGGGCAGGCAGGGGCGGGGUGAGGGGAAGAGGACGGGGAAGAGGAGGUAGUAUGGGGCAGCAAGGAGCAGUGGGCGUGGGGAGAGGAAGCGGGAGGGGAAGAGGGCGAGGCAGGUGGGAGGUGGGAGGAAGGGAGUGUGGAGAGAGGGGUGGUGGCAAGAUGGGGAGAGGCAGGGGUGUUUCUGCAGGAGGUGCAGCAGUGCCGAUUGCCUUGGGGAGAGGUGCAGAAGGGAGCAGCAGAGGCAGCGGCAGAGGGAGAGGGAGAGGGAGAGGAAAAGUGUGGGUGAAGCAGCCGAAGAGGCAGCAUCUGUCAGAGCUGCAUGCGGACGGGCACACUCUGGUGAGUGCUGGUGGUGCGCUUGACACUGACCGAGACUUGGCUGAUGUUUCUCGUGCCAGGGCUAAGAGUAUGGCUCUAGAGGCGGAUGAGGAGGAGGAGGAGGACGUGGAGGAGGAAGAGGAGGAGGAGGAGGAGGAGGCAGAUGAGGAGGAAGAGGAGGAGGAUGAAGAGGAGGAGGAAGAUGAGGAGGAAGAGGGAGAGGAAGAGGAAGAGGAAGAGGAGGAAGUGGAGGAAGAUGAGGAAGUGGAGGAAGAGGAAGAGGAAGAGGAAGAGGAAGAGGAAGAGGAAGAGGAAGAGGAAGAGGAAGAGGAGGAAGAUCUGCAGGAGCGCGGGGAAGAGAUAUCUGGGGAGGGGCGUCGUGGGAGCAGGCGCCUCAUUCCGGGGCCGGGGUGGGCCCCGGUGCCCCUGCUGCGCGGCACCAGGCGCAAGCGCCAGGCACGAGGAGUGCGAGGGGGCAUGCGCAGUGAUGUGCGCGGUAGCACUGCUGGCGCUGCUGCUGGGGGCAGCACCGCUGCUGGGGCCACCGGUGGGGAGGGCGGCGAGGGGGAGGGAGGUGGCAGGAGGGCGCAGGAGGGAUCGUGUGUGACGUCAGUGGCUGUGGCUGGGGGCCGUGCUGCUGUGGCGGUGGGUGGGUGCGCUGGCGGGCAGGGGGACGUGGGCGUGGGCGUGGGCGUGGGCGUGGGCGUGGGCGUGGGCGUGGGCGUGGGCGUGGGCGUGGGUAUGGGUAUGGGCAGGGAGUGGGUUUCUUGCUGUCCUGCCUCUCACUGCCACCUCUGUGCUGCUGCUGCGGUUGCUGCUGGUGGUGGUGGCUUCAAAGUACCUGCUGGGCCUUGUUUGGCUGCUGCUAGUGCCGGCCCUUAUUCUGCUGUUGCAGCUGCUGCUGCCGUGGGAAGAGGAGCAGUGGGAUAUAGUGGGAGCAGACAGACGGAAGUAGGGGGGCCUCAGCUGGACCAGAGAAUCAAGGGGCAGACUGUAGAGAGGGUGUACUCGCGGAAGAGGCUAAAAAUGGAUGUUACUGUAAAGAAAGAGCCAGUGGGCGAGGAGCCACUGGCAGGUGUGAGGGUGUGUGCUGGUGAGGGCGAGGGGGGUGAAGGAGUGGUGAAGAAAGAGUGGGAAGAGGUGCAGAGAGUGGGGGAGGAGGUGAAGAGAGUGGGGGUGGAGGUGGGGAAAGGGGGCCUCAUGCGUUAUGGGAGGGAGUAUCAGAGACGGAGGAAGCGGAUUCAGACGGAGGGGUGUGACGCUGCAGAGGGGCUAGUGGGGGAGAGUUUCUGUGCAGCAUGCACAUGCAGAGGCGCGGAUGGUGCAGGGGGGGUGCACACAGGGGGCGUGCACACAGGGGGCGUGCACACAGGGGGCGUGCACACAGGGGGCGUGCACACAGGGGGGGUGCACCACAGGGGGCGUGCACACAGGGGGCGUGCACACAGGGGGCGUGCACACAGGGGGCGUGCACACAGGGGGCGUGCACACAGGGGGCGUGCACACAGGGGGCGUGCACACAGGGGGCGUGCACACAGGGGCAAGGACUCCUGUGUGCACAUGUGCGCACAUGGCAUGGCAUGCCCAGUAGCAGCAGCACAGGCGUGUGGCGAGGGAGUGGCGGCAGUGAGGGGUGUGACUCCAGAUGAUGUGCCUGAAAGGGGGUCCGCCACUGGCAAUGGCGCGCUGGCAGUGGGUGCACACGUGGACACUGCUGGUUGCACUGAUGUGACACGUCAGCAGGAAAGGGAAGGGGAUGGGGGACGCUUGGGGGGAGAGGAGGGGAAGAGAGACGGAAAGGAGGGGAUGUUUGAAGGUAGAGAAGGGAAAGGGGAGAGAGGGAGGGGGAGAGGAGUGAGAAGGGGUAGAGGAGGGAGAGGAGGGAAGGGAGGGAGAGGAGGGAGACGAGAUGGAAGAGGGAGCAAAGGCAGCGAUGGGAGAGAGGAUGUGGCUACAGGUGACCUCAAGGGGCUUGGCGUUGCUGCUGCUGCUGCUGCUGCUGCUGCUACUGCUGGUGGUGACGCCAGUGCUGCUGCUGCAUGCGGGCAGGGCAGGAGAGGGGGCAUGUCUUGCGCUCGAGCAGCAGGGCCGGGCCGAGGGGGAAGUGGCAGCAGCAGACACGCAGCAGCUAGAGUGGUGGCAGCUGCAAUGACUCGCGUGGCGAGGGGAGGGCGGGGAGGGCGAGGAGGGCGUGGAGGGCAGGCGGGUGUGGUGUCCGCAGGGAGGGGAGGCGUGGCCAUAGGAGGUAGCAGUGACGUGGAGACAGGGGAAGAUGGUGCUGGCACCAAGGGGGGAGGGAGGGGAGGGAGAGGAGGGCGGGGGAGGGGGCGGAGGGGCGGGGGCGCGUGGUGGGGCGGGGGUGGGGGGCGAGGGGGCGCGGAGGCGGAGGGGGUGCGGGAUGCCAUGCUGGAGCGGCUGAGCCAGGCGCUGGUGGGGCAGCGCGUGCAGCUCUGGUGGCCCCUGGAACAGAGCCCUCCUCUCCCCUGUCUUCCACCCGCACUCCUCUCCUCCUCUCCCCCGCCUCCCUUCCCCGCUUCCUCCCCCUGGUCCAUACACUCACACUCUAAAGGCCUCACCAACCCUCCCUCCCCUCUUCUCCCCUUCCCCUCCCCCUUAUCUCCCUCCCCUCUUCCCCCCUUCCUUCCCUCCCUUCCAACCCCCUCGCUCCCUCCCCUCCUCCCUUUCCUCUGUUCGCAGGUGCGGUACGACGAUGGGGACGAGGAGCACGUGGUGCUGGGCCGCGAGCAGUGGCAGCUGGAGGCGCACCCACCGGGCAGAGCAGGCAGAGGCGCGCAGGGGGGAAGCAGCACGGGGAGAGGCACAGGGGAGGGCGCUGGAGAGGGGGCAGGGGGCGAUGGGGAGGGGGAAGGAGCAGGGGAGGAGGCAGGAGGGAGAGGCAGGGGGGUGAAGCGGGGUGUGGGGUCGGGCGGAGCUGCUCGUGCUGCUACGGGCAAGGGCAAGAGGCUUGCGGAUGGUGCGCCCCUGCUGAGCCUGGCCGAUGCGCCGAAGCUGUUUGGUUCGGCGCAGCGGCCAGGUUCGGGGCUGAGCUGGGCGGAGCAGGAGGCGCUGGCACGGCAGCAGGCGCUGGUGGGGCGAAGGGUGGAAGUGUGGUGGCCGCUGGAACAGAGGUUCUUCAAGGGGGUCAUUGGCGGCUACGAUGCUUCCACUCUCAAGCACAGGGUGGCAUAUGAUGAUGGUGACGUGGAGCACGUAUCUUUGCGUGCGGAGCGGUGGCGCUUUGAGAGACAAACGGUGCCACCCACUGCCUGCUACUCGUUGCCCUUCUCCUGGCGAUCCGAGCCACUGACCCACCGUGCGGUGCGCGACCUGCAGGGCGAGCAGAUCAGGAUUUGGGCACCGCAACUCCACAGGUUCCGCAACGGCACAGUGGUAUCAGUGGCACACAGCAAGUUUACCAUCGAGUUUCUGUACGACGAUGGGGAGAUCGCAGUGCUGGACCUCUCACAGUGCCGCUGGGAGCUUGUAGACUCCGACUGA